AUGUCUGCAAGUAUGGAAGGUGAGUGUGGUUUUUGUUCAUUUCAAAAUGAAUUAUUCAUAACGUUGUAAGUGUUUUUUAGCAAAGUUGCCACACAGGUUAAUAGAUAACGCUAUUUGUUAUCAGCUUUUAAGUGUUACUGGAUAAGAUGGCUAAAACUUUUGUUGAUAUUUGAAGGAUUGAACUAUUAUAAACGAUCAAGCGAAUCAUUUAUAUUAAAAAUAUGGCAUCAAAAAUGUGUUUUUAACGAUAAACUGUAUAUCAUUUCUGUUAAAUCUCGAAGAUUUUUUCUUCUAGUUCAACUAAAGUCGCCUGAUGCCUCUGACUUUGAAGAAGAGUGCAUUGUCAUUGAGGUACGAUUUAAUAUAAAUAACAUAAGUACUGUAUCAGUCAAAUAGUCAAUUCCAGCAGUGCCCAUCCCCCUGGGGUAUUAGCCAUUUCUGGAAGGAUAAUAGCUAUGCCCCCACCCCAGCAAAGAAAAAGUGUGCCAAAGCCCAACCCCCGGGCAAAAAAAUUGGUUUAAAUCCACACUCCUGGGCAAUAAUAUUGACUCAUUUGACUGUUUAGUACACAUUAAUUUGCACAUUAUAAUUCUAUGGACAAGAUAUAUGCAAAGUAGAAAAUAGAUGUUCUACAACAAGAAUAAAAAUACUUUUAUAUUAAUGCAACAGUAUAAAUUCUCAACCCUAACUUCAGCACAUCUAACUUAAGACUGUCAACUUUUGAACAUAUUGUCUUUACUUAUUAAGGCAGGUUUCGGAUGUCGCUGAUGGUCGGCAAUUCACUCGUGUAGACAAAGGAUUUUAUUCAUCAACGAUCAAAGACAAUCAUUUGAUCAAUGGUACUUUAGAGCUUUGCCGACCAUUGGCGACAUAUGAAAAACAGGUUUACUUCGGUGCUGUAUGUUAUUAUUUUCCAAACAAAAUGUUUGUUGUCCAAACAAAAGAUGCAGGUCUACAUGACCAUAUAAUUUAAACUUAUAUAAAGUGUGCGGGGCUGAUCGGAGGAUUAAAUAUCUACCCGGAUGUUUAAAUGUUUGCCCAGAUUGCAUUUUUAACAUUAUCCGCUAAAUCUGCUAGAAUUUUCUUGAUUUUUGCUAGCAUAAUGCUAUUACAUUUAAAAACCAAACCCCCCUGUUGAGGACCUCUGCUUUUGGGGACUUUUAUCUCUCUGGAAUACAAAAAAAACUGUGUAAUAGCCCCUAUUGGAAACAGCAUUUUUCCCAAUUACCGUCUGGAAAAAUGCCUAAUUACCCCCCCCUUGGAAAUUCAGCUCCUCGACAGGGGGGAGGGGUUGGGUAUUAAAUGUAACAGCCAAUAUUUUAGUGCCGUAUCUAAACUACUAGCUGUAGGUUUAGUUCUUGGGGCCCCAGACUUCCGAAACCGAGACCCCAAAAUGGUUAAAUUGUGAAAUAAUGGUUUUCUAAAAAAAUUAGUGUUGUUUUCCGGGAAAAAUUUUUGUUUUUCAUUAUCUUUGAAAAAUUUUUAGCCCGCGUGCAGGCCCAAGGGAACUGAUAGUGGGCCUGCAAGCAAGGCCCGAUAUUUUGUAAAACGCCCCUUUUCAUAACACGCCCCCAUUCGCGCGUCAAUUGUCAAAAAAGAACCAAUGACAGCACCCAAAUAUUGACAAACAAACUCGCAUUAAAAUGUUGCGGGGUUUUCUCUGCUUAUUCAGAACAUAAACAAUGUCUAAAUGGCUGCGUUUUAAUUUGCCAGUGCUCAUUUUCAACUAAAAUCGGAACAGGCAAAUUAAGACGAAUUUCAACAGAAAACCAGUCUCAAACUUCAAAUCAUGAGGGAAGUCAUGCAACCACAUCAGCAUUUAUAAUGUGUGCUUCGCUGUCGCCAUUGUUAUAAUUAAAUUGUCUCACUUAUCAGAUUGUGUGUGCAAUUCUUGUUGGCGGCGGAAAGUACGAAUUUUAUUUCAGAUCAUUUUCUUGAGGAACAUAUAACGAAUCAAGUCUGUUUGAAAUUAAUGAAACUCAAGUAAAGGUUACUAUACUCUAUAGUUUACCCCAGUCGUAAUGUUGCUAUUCCAACACCUCACGACAAGCAAUCCCCAUUGGCAUAACGGCAAAAACAUAUCUUCCUUCACGUAAACAAUAAACAGUCUGUUCUUGUUCCAUUUGUAAUCGAAAAAAGUGAUCAAUUUACGAAUUUUAAGCUUAUCGAGAGCCUUUGUCUAUGCCUUUGUGAUGAAUCACUGACCUAAUUAUAGAAUCCAACAGCAAACAGCCAAUCAGAAUGCUGCGUUCGUGGGCGAACGCGGAAAGUACAAAAUACCGGGCCUUGCUUGCAGGCCCACUAUCAGUUCCCUUAGGCCUGCAUGCGGGCUAAAAAAUUUUAAGCUUCUGUUGUCCAAGAAAUGUUUUUAAGGUAUUUUCUUCAGAGAAAACUUUUUAUGGUUAGGGACCGGUCAUAAAGUAAAAGGGGGGUGGGGGGAGGGGCGGGGAUGUCCUGUGAAAAUAAUAUAUUUGGUGUCUGCACUUUUGGUAGCCCACCCCUUAAUUAGCUGCACAAAAAUUUGUGGCCCACCCUUAAAUUGGUGCUGAAAAAUUAUGACCCACCCUUUCAGAAACGCGAAAGAUUAAGCGUUCUAUUUCUCUGUUGCCAAAUAAUCUGUGUUACAAUACUCAAUAGCUAUUCAAAUGGUGCAAUUAAAAUUCAGGGCCUCUUUUAAGGAUGCGUGACUGGAGAGGACCUGGGGAAGUUCCAGUCGGCAAAUCUGUAUCACUGCAGCUACGAGCAUAUAUAUGCAUGGUUUAACUAAUAAGUAUACGUCAUAGGGCAACAGAUCAGACCGUAACUAGGAUUCUGAGACAACUGAGUCGACCACCCUGGGGGCAUACCCUCCAGAAAAUGUUGGAUUUCUUGAAGCUCAGAUAAGCUAUUUCCCGCAUUUUUGAGGAGUUUUCCAACAAGAAAUUAACCUUAUAAACAGUGACACAAUUACUGCAAUUUCAAAUGUAAUCCAGUCCCAAUAAGGCAGUAUCGUUGUCAUAAUUAGAGACCUUUAGUUUGACAUUUACAACUAACGCCAAACUGCUAACGGUGAUUGUGAUUUAACUACGCUCUUGUAGAAAUUACACUAAUUUUGUUACAUAAUACACAUCCUACACAAAGCUAGUGACAUUUAGCAAUAAUGAUUAUCAGAAAAUUAGUUAGCCACUACCAACGUAUUAGCCAAGACAGUAAAUUCAGGUUUUAAGUUUGAGGUUAACGUUUGCGGUAUAAAUUUUACACAUGGAUCCUGAUACGUUUUAUUUCUAUUUUUAUAAUAUGAAUUUUAAUACACAUGCCCUUGAAAAAAUUUCUGCAUAUUUUUACAUGGCCCACCCUUAUGAUUGCACUUAAAUUUCGAUGACCCACCCCUUCAACCGUGCUCAAAAAUAGUGACCCACCUCCCUAUUUUUCCCAGCCCACCCCCCUUUUACUUUAUGACCAGUCCCUUAUGUUUUCGGGGAGGGGGAUUUUGGAACCCCCCUCCCCAACAUUUUCGGGAAAAAUCCAAGGGGCCCCAAAUUAUCGGAAUUGGGGGCCCAAAUGUUAGUUUUCACCCAAAGAUACAGUAUGUCUGCAAGUAGCAUUAGCAUAUUGUUAAUAUAAGAUUUGACAAAAACUGCAAAUAAUAAUAUUUAAUAGAAAUACUGUGCCCCAAACAUUGAUCGUUUGAAACCAGUAUGCCCCCACCUCAGGCAUACCUUUGGGUAUUACCCGGACCUGGUCACCAAAGCAGUAAAAGCAGGUGUAUUCCAAGUUCACCAAAAAUAGCAAAAUGGUGAAAAUUUACCUAUGCCCCAGGAAUGUUGGGUGUGUGUGUGUUAACUGACUGGUAAACACAGCAAUUGAAUGUGAUACUAGACCACCUCAAGGGUUUUUUAUAGAGAAACCUGGACACUUAAUAGUUAUAACAGGUCAGAUUUUUCUGGACAUAAAUUGAAAAUCACAGGUGUUUAUAUGGCGUAUUUGAUUUAUUUGACCCAUUGAGUGGCAGCACUUUCCCCCUGAGGAGUAAAAUUGGCUGGUGUUAGACAAAGUAAAAUAAUAAAGUAGGGCACAUGCAUCUGGGCACAUUUCCACUUAAAGAGUUAUUGAACCAGGCAGGCCAUGUUUCAAAUUAAUGUGUUAUAAUAAUAAUUCAUUUCAGGCAGAACAUAAUGAUGUAUUAGACCUUAAAAAGGUAAAUGGCUCAAUAAAACCAGAAGUCAUUGACCUAACAACAAGUCCAAUGAAAUCAAGCACUAAGACGUGGCAUUCAGUGGAUAGUAUGGCAGACAGUGAUGAUGAAAUGUUCUCUAGAUUACCUGACUCUGAAUCUGAGGAAGAAGAAUAUAAGAAGGAUGUAGAUGACUUCUACUUUAACAACCCAAAAUGGCCUGUAUGGAGCCGCAAUAGCGAGGGGCUUCCAUGUGAAGAACUUAUCAAACUUAUUUUGCAGGAUUCAGCCAAACAACCUGCAAGCAUAUGCAAAAGCCGUCCUGUAGCUGUUCGCCAUAAUGCUGUAUUUGUUGUUGAUUUGGAUAGUGUUCCCUUAAAAAACUUAACAGCUGAUGACAAUGGCUCAUGGAGCAUAUCUACCCCAAGAAGGAUGUACCAAGUUAAACACAGUAAUACAGGCAAUAUUCUCUCUAUAAAGAAGACCGAUACGGUUAGUAGUGACACAUACACAUUAUUUCGUCAAUAUGCCACUCACAAGGCCACAAAGCGAGAAAAGGAUGUUGAAUUCAAGCGUGUCGUUGCUACAAUUAAGAACAUGUCCACGGGACAUGUUCUUCCCAUUGCCGUUUUGCAUUACUUCUUCAAAGAUUGCCCUGAGCAAGAUAUUGUGCUUGCUCCACAUGGAAAUGCACGAGGAACAUGCAAGAGGCCAUAUAUGAGAACAGAACCAUCCACAUUACAAAGCAUAAAAGAAGAUUGUCAUAACAAGAAACCCAAAAAACUUUAUGGUGAAACAUUUAAGUCAAGUGGAGGCCUGUUAGAAAGUGGUAGCACAUCUACUGAACCACGAAACUGAAAACAAGUGUAUAAUGCUCGAUCUAACACAAGAACAGAUAGUGGUGAAAAGGAUGAGAUAUUUCAGUUACUAACACAGCUGAAGGAUGACUAUGCUGGAGAAGGAGGGUUUGUUCACGAAGUUAAAUUUGGGAAGACGCCAGAAGUUGUUGUUAGCUUUGAACAACAACUGGAUGACCUGGUGCGGUUCUGUUGUAAUCCCAAGCAGUUUUCUGUUCUGGGUAUUGAUCCAACAUUCAGUUUGGGCAAGUUUUUCGUUACAGUGACCACUUACAAACAUUUAAUGUUAAGGAAAAAGUCCACCAAUACGCACCCUGUUUUCAUCGGACCUUGCUUUAUCCAUAUGCAACAGGAAACGCAGACAUAUUACUCAUUUCUGUCUUGUUUCCGUGGAAAGAAGGAUGCUUUACGUGACCUGAAAGCCUAUGGAUCAGAUGGAGAAGUGUCUCUGUUAAAUGCACUAAUUGCAGCAUUUCCAGAUGCCAUUGGUUUGAGAUGCUUUAUUCAUAUGAAAGAUAACAUUGAAAACCACCUGCAAAACAAACUGCAUGUUAAAGCAGAAGUGAAAUCUGCAAUAAUUCAUGACAUAUUUGGCCAUGUU